UCAAGGCGUAUUACAUCGAUUCCCGCGAACACCAUUUCGCAAAUCUUCCUUCGAACGCUGACCAAUUUUCAACAAUUCCCCAGGAGAGAAGAAGAAGAUGUUGGAGCUUCGGUUAGUUCAAGGCUCUCUGCUAAAGAAGGUUCUAGAAUCAGUCAAGGAUCUGGUGAACGAUGCGAACUUCGACUGCUCGAGCACAGGGUUCUCGCUCCAGGCCAUGGACUCGAGCCACGUGGCGCUGGUUUCUCUUCUCCUGAGAUCCGAAGGAUUCGAGCACUACAGGUGCGAUAGGAACCUCUCCAUGGGGAUGAAUCUGGGAAACAUGUCCAAGAUGCUCAAAUGUGCUGGAAAUGAUGACAUCAUCACCAUCAAGGCCGACGAUGGAAGCGAUACCGUCACUUUCAUGUUCGAGAGCCCAACGCAAGACAAGAUUGCAGACUUUGAGAUGAAACUGAUGGAUAUUGACAGUGAGCAUUUAGGAAUCCCUGACGCUGAGUACCACUCAAUUGUGAGAAUGCCCUCUGGUGAAUUUUCCAGGAUAUGCAAAGAUCUCAGUACCAUUGGUGACACAGUUGUGAUCUCUGUGACGAAAGAAGGGGUGAAGUUUUCAACAGCAGGUGAUAUCGGGACAGCGAACAUUGUACUGAGGCAGAACACUACUGUAGACAAACCGGAAGAUGCAAUUGUGAUAGAGAUGAAUGAGCCUGUGUCACUUUCAUUCGCGUUGAGGUACAUGAAUUCCUUCACAAAGGCGACUCCUUUGUCUGAAACCGUGACAAUCAGUUUGUCCUCGGAGUUACCUGUCGUUGUAGAGUACAAGGUGGCUGAGAUGGGUUACAUUCGAUACUAUUUGGCGCCUAAGAUCGAAGAAGAAGAAGACGCUAAUGCCUAACACAUUUGUUUCUGGCUAGUGAUGAUGAAUGUCUUUACUUUGUAGAAUCUUUGUUUAAGAUGUCUAUCUAGAUUUACAUGUUUGGAUUUACUAUGUGUGCUAGAUUUAGCUGUUUUUUUUUUUGGGAUUUACUAUGGGUAAUGCUAGAUAACCAAGUUUGGCUUGA